AAAAAUUCCAUGGAACUUAACAUGCGCGAAAACGAGACAUAAAUGUAAUAUAUUAUCUAUUUCAAAAGUAAUUAGACGAUCAUCUGUCAUUUUCAUCAUUAACACAGAAGAACAUAUCAUAAAUUAAAUUUCAUUGCAUUUUUUUAAUCAAUGCAAGUAUAUAAAGUCUUGGAUCUGUUUAUUCAUUCGAAAGAAUUAUAAGAGUGUAGUAGUUUAUUCUAACGAUCAGAUUUUGCGCAAAGAAAUUUGUUGUAGUUACAUUUUUCGUUUGAUAAAAAUUAAACUAUUUUAUAUCCACUAGCGAUUACUUGUUGUUUCAAUUGCAUUUCGACGAACGGAAAACUUAUACUGUAACGAAUACUUGUUGCAUCAACUGCAUUUUGAGGAAUAAAUAAAUAAUUUAUUAUGCCGCAAAAUCCUUUUAUACCAUUCGAUUUUCGAAAUAUAUUUUGUAUGUAUUUAAAUAGAAAUCUAAAUCCAAAACCGCUACAGAUCAUAUUGAUUUACUAUACUUGAAAAAUAAUGAAACUAGCCACUAUUGUUACAUCUCAAAAUUUUCAAGGCUUGUAUCAAAACAACGCUCAAAAAGUAAACGACAAGAAUAUCAUUGUAAACGAUGUCUCUGCGUAUUUAACGAGCAACCGUUAUUAACUCGUGCGAGUGGGAAAGAGGGACUUAAAGAACAUGUAAAAAUGUGUGGAAAAUUCAAGGAGGCUCGCAUUGUUCUACCACAGCCUAACUCUGAUCUUUCAAUAUUAUGUUUUAAAAACACAAGACGAGAAGAAGCAAUACCGUUAGUUAUCUACGCUGAUAUGGAAAGUUUACUUGUUCGAACGAUGGAACAAAUAUCGGACAAGUCUAUGAUUGUACAAAAACAUAAACCAAUGAGUUAUUGUUUUUACUUAGUACGCAACUCCAAAAUAUUACCGCAAAACAUGUGUCAGGGAUUACCGGAGGAACCAGUAAUGUAUCGAGGACCUGAUGCUGCUAAACAUUUUGUAUCAGCGUUGGUGGAUAUUGGAAAACAAGUAUCAGAUAUCAUGAAAAUUAACAUCGAGAUGAAUCCUCUAACUUCUGAGGAACAACAUCGUUUCAAUACCACAAAACAUUGCGACUCGUGUUUAAUAGAGUUUACCGAUAAGUUAGUAAAAGUCAAGGAUCAUAAUCAUUGGACGGCAAAAUUUCGAGCUGUUUUAUGCCACAAAUGUAAUUUACAACGACGAUAUUCCGCAUUCAUACCAGUUAUCAUGCAUGGUCUUUCAAACUAUGACUCGCACAUGAUAAUACCAGAAAUGGCUUACGACAAUAAAGACAUUACUGUUAUAGCACAAUCCGAAGAAAAAUAUAUUUCGUUCAGUAAGACAAUAAGCGAUUAUUUUCAACUUCGAUUUAUAGAUUCAUAUCGAUUUUUGCAAGCGAGUUUGUAUCAACUUACAACCACCUUGACUUUACCUGAUUUUGCACAUACAUUAAAUGUCUUUAAAUCGUUGGAGUUGGUCACACGGAAAUCGGUUUUCCCAUAUGAAUACGUAGACAGUUGGGAAAAACUCGACGAAAAUCAGUUGCCAACCCGCGAAAAUUCUUACAGUUCCAUUACAAAAAAUACAGUAUCCGAAGAGGACUAUGAACAUGCAAAAAAAAUGUGGCAACACUUUGAAUGCAAAACUAUUGGUGAUUAUAGUGACAAGUAUUUACUUGUCGACGUUAUGGUACUUGCUGACAUAUUUGAAAAGUUUCGCGCGGAGAGUUUAAAAAAUUAUUCUCUGGAUCCCACUCAUUAUUAUUCAUGUCCAGACCUAUCAUUUGAUGCUAUGUUAAAAUAUACUGAUGUCAACAUUGAAUUGAUAACAGACCCAGAUAUGUUAUUAAUGUUUGAAUUGGGUAUACGUGGAGGUUUGACACAAGUCAAUCAGCGGUAUGCUCGAGCAAAUCAUCCAGGUAUCUCUGACUACAAUCCCAAUAUUCCACAUAAAUAUCUUCAAUACCUAGAUGCUACAAAUUUAUAUGGAACAGCAAUGAUGGAACCGAUGCCACUUGGUAAUUUUGAAUGGUCAACUGUUACAUUGGAGGAAAUACUUGACACAGCUGAGGAUGCUGAUCAUGGAUAUCUUGUGCAAGUCGAUGUAGAUUAUCCACAACAUUUACAUGAUUUACACAACGAUUUACCAUUUUUUCCGGUAAACGAGCGACCACCUCUACCGUCUGCCAAAUACAAAAAACUGAUGACCACAUUGUUUCCAAAACGUAAUUACGUUGUACACUAUCGAACAUUAAAGCAAGCGGUAAAACACGGUGUGGUUAUCACAAAACUGCAUAAAGUCAUAAAGUUUAAACAAUCUCGAUGGUUGGCACCCUACAUCCAAAUGAAUACAGAAUUACGUAAAAAAGCCUCCAACAAGUUUGAACAAGAUCUACCAAAAUAUAUGAUCAACUCCAACUAUGGUAAAACAUUGGAAAACGUGAGAAAACAUCAAAAUAUUCAACUUGUUUGUAACGAAGAUAAAUUAUCAAAACUGGUAGCGAAACCGUCGUUUGGUCACACCACAAUAUUUAAUGAAAAUCUUGUAGCUGUACACAUGUAUAAAGAAAAAAUUAAUUUUUUUAAACCCAUUUUUAUUGGACAGGCCGUGUUGGAUAUUAGUAAAUGUAUCAUGUACAAGUUUCAUUAUGAUGUAAUGCAACCAUUUUAUGGUUCUGAAAGACUCGUGUAUAUGGAUACCGACAGUUUUAUUUAUUUAAUAUUAACGCAUAGUUUUCAGGAUGAUUUGAAAAAAUAUCUGUUUGAAUACUUCGACACUUCCAACUAUCCCACUGAUCAUCCAUGUUACAGUGAUAAACGUAAAAAACAACCGGGUACAUUUACCGACGAAUGUAAAGGUAUGCAUAUGGAGGAAAUUGUUGCACUUUUGCCCAAAGUCUAUGCGUACCUGAUUGCCUACAAAAAUUAUAAAAACGUUUUGCGGCAAGAAGAAGUGAAGCGAUUGAAGGGUAUUAGUAUGGGUGUAGUGAAACAUGAAAUAAAUAUGGUUGACUAUUUAAAUUGUUUGCGAAAUAAACUAAAACAAAUUCACAAGAAAAUUUCCAUCAUACGUUCAAAACAUCACAAUGUUUUGACGGUAGAAACGAGGAAACUCGCAUUGUCCAACAACUAUGACAAGCGUGCAAUAGUCGGUGAUGAGUUUGAGUAUAAAAAUGUAUAUACAAAAGCGUGGGGACAUUAUUCUUUAAAUACAUAACAAUUUAUUUUGUAUAAAAUAUAUUAUUGUAUUUAGUAUUUUAUUAACAAUAUAUGUCAAUUUAUUAUAUAAUCUUUAAUUUAUAAUUUAU